CGCCUGGCAUAACUUUAGGAAGAAUCUGCCGUAAAAAAAAGAAAAAAGGAACGAUCAGAAGCCUAAGUGGAGAAGGAGGGGCUGCGAUAUGAGUGGUAAACAGAUAUAACCAGCCCCCUGCAGCAUUGUCCAUACUACAGUAGAGGAAUACUACACACCCUGCUAAAGGAUCGCCUGACAGACAGCCUGAGCUGGAAGAUUCACAACACAAGAGGAAUGCACGCCGUGAAACAGGAUCCCAGUGUUCCAACUUCAGGUAUUCACCAGACACCGGCCAAGCUGUCUACCUGUUGAUUAUCACAUGAAGAGACUGCUGGCUCUUCACCAUGAAAUCCACUCUCUCCGCCGACGUCGGCUGCAAACCUCCAGCUUCAGGAAACAGGUGAACGUCCUGCGGAUUUUUAAUUUUUUUUGCUUUUUUUUUGUUUUUUGAUUUAUUUAUUUUUUGUUCUCCCCGCCGCUGCAAAAUUCACACUUCAGUGGGAGACGACACUUAAAAAAAAAAGGAGACAUGCACUGGAUGAUGGUGAAGAGCGAUCACUAAAGGGUGAGCUUUGCACGCUGGCUGCAUCACCCAACUCCACGUGUGACUGGCAUACAAAAUCCUCAGCUAGCCCCGAGUAAAGGAGGAGACGUUUUUUUGGGGGGGGUUGGGGGGGAGGGGGGGGGGAAGAGGCUGCCCACACUGACCGGACCUGGCUCUAGUCCCUUGGGAUUUACAAACACUCACUGUCUCAUCUCUUCACCAAAAGGGCUUUUGGUUGUUUUUUUUUUUGGUGUGCUUUGCUUUUUUGAUGCUUUGACCUGGAUCUCCUGUUCUCCCCCCCCUCCUCCCCGCCCCCCCCAAGACUGUCGGCUCUCAGCGCUUUGGAUCCCCCCUGCCUAAUCCAGGAAUAUGAACAAGAAGACGAGACGUUGGAUUUUUCAUAUCUUUCUCAGUCUGGGGAUUGUCUAUAUUAAGAUUGGAGGCUUCUCUUCCGUGGUGGCACUGGGGGCCAGUGUAAUCUGCAGUAAGAUUCCAGGCUUGGCACCCAGACAGAGGACUAUCUGUCUCAACAGACCUGAUGCUAUCAUCGUGAUCGGAGAAGGAGCUCAGAUGGGGAUCAAUGAGUGUCAGUUUCAGUUCAGACAUGGACGCUGGAACUGUUCUGCCCUGGGAGAAAGGACAGUGUUUGGGAAAGAGCUGAAAGUGGGCAGCAGGGAAGCUGCAUUCACUUACGCCAUCAUUGCGGCUAGUGUGGCCCACGCCAUUACGUCUGCUUGUACUCAAGGAAACAUGAGUGACUGUGGGUGUGAUAAGGAGAAACAAGGACAAUUUCACAGGGAAGAAGGCUGGAAAUGGGGAGGCUGUUCUGCCGAUAUCAGAUAUGGAUUAGUAUUUUCCAAGGACUUUGUGGACUCAAGGGAAAUCAAGCAGAAUGCAAGGACACUCAUGAACCUGCACAACAAUGAAGCUGGACGCAAGGUCCUGGAAGAAAGCAUGAAACUGGAGUGUAAAUGUCAUGGUGUAUCUGGCUCCUGCACCACAAAAACAUGCUGGACAACAUUGCCAAAAUUUAGAGAGGUGGGAUUUCUUCUGAAGGACAAAUACAGUGAAGCUGUUCAAGUGGAGCCAGUGCGUGCCAGCCGAAAUAAGCGGCCAAUGUUUCUCAAGAUUAAAAAGCCUUUGUCCUACCGCAAACCAAUGGAUACAGACUUGGUGUAUAUUGAAAAAUCCCCAAAUUAUUGUGAUGAAGACCCAGUGAGUGGUAGCGUUGGGACGCAAGGCCGCAUGUGCAACAAGACAGCUCAACACGUCAGUGGUUGUGACUUAAUGUGCUGUGGGAGAGGGUACAAUACACACCAGUACUCCCGGGUGUGGCAAUGUAACUGUAAAUUCCACUGGUGCUGUUAUGUAAAAUGUAACACAUGCAGUGAACGAACAGAGGUGUUUACCUGUAAAUGAGAAAAUAUCCUGAAACAGAAUGCUUUUCAGCUUUGGGAACUUUUGCCGUACAUUUGCACAGAAUCUCAAGCCACGUACCGCAAAUUGGAGGUCUAUCACUCAACCAGAGACAGCCUAACAAUCUAGUAAAUUCUUACUUACUGUCUUCUAUAGAGAGAAUUACUAGCACAGGGGCAUAAAGUUGAGUAUAGGAAGGGCUCUACAUAGCCUUAAUUCAUUCAGUUAUGCAUUCCAUAAUGGAACCCACUUCAAACUGAGUGAUGUUGUACAAGUAGGUGAGGUGCGUGUUCUGUUUUAUUUUUUUUAUCUGGGUACACAUGAAUAGUCAAAUGGAUCAUAUAUUCAUUGAUGGUUCACACCUAAACGUUAGUGGUUAGACAUACUGGAAUAUAUAGAUGGAUAUGAAAAAAACAGCUGCCAUUUUGAAAAUGAGAUUAGGAUGAGCUAACAAUGAACAUGUGUGAAUUUCCGCUUCGAGUGUGCAUUAUACAGAUUAAGGUUGUAAAUGUUCAGAACUUUGUUACCACCAUUUCAGAUUGGCUGUAGUUUUUUUUUCCUGACCAAUUUUUUUUUUCUUUUUUAUAAGACGCUGUUUUAUAUAUAUAAAUAUAUAUAUAAAUAUAUAUUAAUUAUUUUUGUUGGCACAUGGACUAUAAAUAUUAGCAUUGAAUAUUUAACAAUAUAUUUUAGAAUAAACUAAUAUUAAUUUAUUUAAUAAAUAAACCUACUGCCAUGUGCAACUGUCUGUGCGAAAAAAUAUAUAAUUAAUUAGGGAAUUAAAAUGCUGUCUUGGGAAACUGGAGAUGUAAAUAGUAUAUAUAACUCAAAUCCCACAUAUAGCUGUGCACAAGGGAUAAUCUUGUUACUUUUACUUUUUCGUGGUGAAAGCAGACAUCUUUACAUUAAUACUUUAAUGCUGUUUGCUGCUAGCUGUCUGGAAACUCAUUUAUCAAUAUUUAAUUGUUUGGUUAUGUUUAUUUUCUUUUUUUCUAAAGUAAGUAAUUUGGAUUCCAUUUGUUGGAAUGUUCCAGACAAAAAAGGAAAAAAGGACCAUAUGGAACAAAAAAAAGAAUAUAUUUUGUAAGAGACUAUUUUUAUAUGAAUAUUUUAUUUAUAUUAUGUCUGCUUGUAUAAUUCCAUAAUCAUCAGUUUCUCAAUAAAAUAAAAAAAACACCUUAUAUCUAAUUUCCGGUGUUUGAACAAAUCAGUAAAAGUUUAGUCCGUAAUAUACAAGUUCACAAAAUAUUUGCUGAUUUCUUUUAAAAAAAGUUUUUUUUACAUCAAAACCUUCAGUCAAGAUAUAUCUUUAUUUUCCCCCUUAACUUUGGAUUAACAAUUAAUAGAUGGCGUGUGUGUUUCUUGUUAGGCACUUUGGCAGAAUACACACAAUAGACAAAGGUCAUUUAACACUCAUAUGAUCACAUGGCUUAAAUUUGUGAUUAGCAUUAAAUUUUUGCUCGCUGAUCCCAUUCGGAAGAGGAAAAAGAAAAAUCUGAAUUUGCUUCCCACAUGCAUCAGUCAUUAAACUCUAGGUUUUCUUUUAGCAAAUGUGCUGCGUAUGCUGCCUAUUAAAUCUCUAUAUUGUGUUACUGUCAAAUUUGAUUUUAUCAGUGACAGGCUAUAGACUAUGACUGUACAAACUAACUUGACAUACUCUGUCUGAUUCUCACAGAUAGCACACAAAGCUUACAGGUUUUUCCGCCAACUGCUUUGAGCGUUUGCCCACUUUGUGCCUUAAAAAAAUAAUAUGCAAUGUUAAAUAAUUUCAUCCAAAUAACAAUACCAUACAAUAAAAAAAAAAAAAAGAAAAACUCUCCUUACACUCAAUUAACAAUUAGAACAGUAUUUUUUUUAAUCCUUAGGUCCAUUAUAAUUUUGAUUUCACAAACAGUGUUAGACCAGUGUACAUCAAUAUAUAAGAUGUCAGGAUAGAUUUUAGAUUAGAUUAAUUUAUUGUCAGACUACUGAGCUGGUAAAAGAAAUAUAAUGCAAAUAUUUUUAUAACUUUUUUUUUGUUUUAUUAACUACUGAAAUAUAAUGCACAUUGCUGAUAGUUCUGGUAAGAGGGUAUAGAAUGGGUGUUUCUUUGGACAAAAUGGCUUCUCUAUAAUUCACUAUGGAUUUCAUUUUCUUUCUGGAAAAAAGCACCAAUGGUCUUUGGAAGUCAGAAAUAGUUUUGGGAUUUUGAAAGGAAAAAAUGGUUUAAUCAUAAAUGACUUGUGUAAGAUGGCGUCUUCCAGAAUUUGUUGGGUUUUCUUUUCAUUCAACCAUUAAUUUACAGUGUGGGCUCAUAUCAGUUCAUCAAUCCAUUUUAGUUACAAUAAAAAUGUGGUUCUCAA